AUGAUACGAAGAUCGAUUUUCCUGCUCUGGGCAGUUGGGGCGUUCUUCACCUUUCUGCCGCUGUUCGGCUUCGGGAUCUACUACGAUGAGACGAAGCAGACCUGCAUCAGGUACCGGGACGCCACGGAACCCACCGAUGUCGCCUACGCCUAUCUGUUUUUUUGCGGAAUAAUUCUGUGCACCGGCAUUGUCAUUUGCAAUCUCAGCGUUCGGAAGGUCCUGUACCGGUCUCAUCACAAAAUGAGCCGCCAGUUUCGGUCGAUUCAACCGGUCCCGAUGCUGGAACGUUCCACCAGUCGGACGCUUCCCGCAAAGUCGGCCAGCUUUGCCGACUCUUCCAUCUUCCGAAUGAUCGGGGAACCCACCACCGAGGAAAUCCGAUUCGCCAAGCUGAUGACGUUCCUGAGCAUUAGCUUUCUGGCCUGUUGGCUGCCUCAGAUGAUCUCUAUUCUCCUGAUACAGUUGCUGAGACCAGAAUUGAAGGCCCGAUUCAGCUGGUUCUUCCGUCUGUCAGACAUUUUGAUCCUGCUGCACUUCAUGCUCGAUCCCUACAUCUACGUGCUGCUGCGCAAAAGUGGCCCGAAGCGAUCUGCGAACCAUGAUCCGGUUGGUGUGGCCAUCACGAAAACCUGCCGGCGGGGAGAGAGGACGAGACACUUGCACUACUACGGAUACCAGCGAUUGAAGGUGGCUCGAGAAGAUUUCGAGAGAUUCGAAUAAUCAAUUCCUUGAUACUGACACAUCAGGUUAAAACUUAUAUUCCGGACGAGAUGGAAUCUGUCCAGAGGAAUAUUUAUUUUUUGAUAUACAAUUCUCUGCACAGAUAUUAUUAACAUAUACAAAUAUUUGUAAUAUCACUUUUGAAGCGAUUUGAAAAAGAUUCAAAUCGAGCCUAAGUAGCAUAGUAAGUUCUGAAUGUGAUGAAACAUGUUGUCCAACAACACAACUCUGCAACCCAGUUA